UUUCGUUUUCCCUUUUCAUUUUUCUCUUCACACUUCUUUUCUUCUUUCCACAGCCCCCGUCGACCAUCAUCACCAGUGCGACUUUCAAUCCGUCCUUCGACCACCACACAACUGAAACACAUUCAACCCCAAUAAAGCAACAGAGUCUCGUGCUUUCAACGAUGAACGGGACAAACCCCGGGGGCGACUCCAAAGGCGAUGACCUACUCCCGCCAUUCCGCCCACCUUUCGAGCUGUUUGGUUUCCUAGUGAUGGUGGCAUGUGGCAUUUUUGCCACGCUCAUCAUGAUGGGAAUCAGGUUGUGCCUAUACCGGCGCCACUCGUGGAGCCGUGACCCCGCGUACGUGGUCAACAGUACGGCGUACUACACGGUUGGGCUACUGAUCAUCUGCGACGGCGUGCUCAUCAUGAGCUAUGGCAUAGAUGAGUGCUUGAGAACGUGGAGGCUUAACCCCGAAGAUUCGAAUGACGAGAUGAAAGAGGUGGACAGUCACUGGGCUAAUAAGGUCUCCUUUUACAUCGGUUUCGUGUACUCGAUCGAAUUCUGGAUUCUCAAGUAUGGCUUUCUGGCCUACUUCUUUCCGAACUGGAAGAACUACGGGAAGAUCAUGCGGCGCUACCUCCUCAUUGUUACUCUCCUGGUUACCGCCAGCCUGUUUGCGCUGUUGAUUCUGCCAUUCACAUGGUGCGGCGGUGGCUCUUCCGAGAGACAACUGUCACCGACCAGAAAAGACGGCAGGUGUCUCUUCCUCGAAGAUCCCGAUGGAGUGUUGCUACAAGCAUCGCUCAACAUUGGCACAGACAUUCUAAUCAUCAUCCUCGCGAUCUUCACCUACAUCACGCCCGAACAAGACCCAACCGAGCGUCUGGGCGGAUUCUUCGUGAUGCUUGCCGCAAUCCUGCAGCCGCUCCUCGCCAUGAACCGGCUGCAGAGCGUCUAUCCGAUGACGCUGUACCCCGGAACCCACAACUUCUCGCCGUCGCGCGCGCACCAGGUCUGGGGCUGUCUGGAGUCGUACACUGCACUGGCGGCGUUCUUCAUCCCCGUACUGCGAGGCUGGAUGGUCGAGUGCCAGCGGCUCAAGGAGAAAAGUGCGCGCAGACGAGUGAUGCUCAAGGCGAUCGCAAGCAAGGACAAGUGGCGAGCUGCGGUGCUCCGGUACCGGCGGGAGAAAGCGGCGCAGGAGGAGAACGACAAUGACAAUGACGCAUCGCCUCCUCCGCCCAACCACGGAGGACGGACCGACACCGAAAACCCGGACUCUUUCGGCCCCAACGAUCGCAGAGUUUCCUCCGCUCGCAUAUCUGUCGCUGUCGCCCGCCCCGUCUCGGCCGUUCUCAGAGCCCCCAAGGUCUGCGACCUGAAUGAAGGUCGCCGUGCAUCGAUGUCCACUUCCAGCUGCAGCCAGGACCACCUUCUGGCUCAGCCCGUGCUUAAGGCAAGGAACCGUUUCAGCGUGCCGGUGUCUCCCACUGUCGCCGGUAGCAAUGAACUUCGCCGCUCCUCCUUCCCGGGCUUGCUUCCGAGGGCUCGCACCACCGAGCGAUACCAGGGGAAAGUCGUGUAAGGAAACGAUGUCUUGACCGAGUGAGCAAGUAGUCCCCGCUCUUUAUUACUUCCGCAUCCAUUCACCCUUCUUUGCCAGCCCAGUCUGCUCCUCUCUUAACCUUAACUUCACUACUACUGGUUUUGGCGUUUUGUUUGGUUGAUAGUCAGUUGCACAUACCUAGUAAAUGACUUUU